AUGGACCCAUCCAUCCCCAAGACCUUGUGGGCAGCUCAAAUCACCGAAUCGGAUAUCCAAGUGUUGCGCGGUGAUUUCAACAGCUCCAUUGUUCAGGUAGGCAAGGAAGCUGCCUCAACAUGGAAGGUUGGCGAUCGAGUGGGAAUAUUGAAUUUCAAAAACGCACGCGGUAGCGGUGGGGGAUGUACUGGAUCUCACAAAAGCGGGAGGCUUCAAGCACAACGGGUGUUUUGCCGAAUGUACGGUUGCGACUCGGCAACGACGGUUGCAUUGCCUGACACGGCUACCGUUUGGGGAGCAAUCAACAAGGCGCGACCCUUUAUUCGGCCGGCCGAUACCAUCGGCGUUGUUGGUAUUGGGGGACUCCUUGGACAGCUGGGGUUACAGUUUGCUAAAGCUCUGGAAUAUCGAACUGUGGCUAUUGAUAAGCGAGACAGUAGUCUGCGGCUUAUGAAUGACAAGCCCAGCAAGCUUCGGCCGGAUCUUUUGGUGAAUUCAACACAUGGCAAUGCAAAUGAGGAGAUUACGAAGCAAACGGCAGGUGAGGGACUGGCUGUUGUUCUACGAGGGAGCUAUGUUGCUAGUCGAGAGGAGGUGAGGGAGAUGAUGGAGGCAGUGAGUGAACAUGGAAUUCGGUCUCAGUUAACGGUAGUGGAGAGAGAUGAUAUCCCACGGAUCCCAGAAACAUAUUCAUCUCGAGCGUUUCGCGGGCGGCGGCUAUUCGCAUUGUCUCAAGGGGCAUUGACCCAAUCUAUGGAGCUCAAUGGCAACGUUGUAACUUUUAACACUCCAUUCCAGUGA